AAAUUGAAUUAAAUUGAACUUGGAUAUUUAUUACUUGUAGUUCUAUAUACAGUAUAAUUCUGGGCAAGCUUCCCCAAGAAUGCCAAAGGCAGAGCCUAAGAAUUAAUAGAGUCGAUCAUCUAUGUAGGUUACUCCAGAUCGAUCUAGUGGACCAGUAAAAAUCACUUCAAAUAGUUCGAUGCGGAAAUACCGUAUGCAUUCGAAUGGGCAACGUGGUUGUCUUAAUAAAUAAAGUUCAUAAUUUCAUGAAUACUUCUUAUUUCUUAAUCAUAUAACUCUUGUCUAGUACAUCCUUAGCUUCAUUUAAUCGUUUACUUAAAUACUCACUCCCAUUUUUGUCUGGAUGGUUCAAAAUCAUCAACUUCCGAUAUCGAUCACGCACCAUCUUUUUAUCCACCUUCAUAAUAUCUUCCCCUUCAAUGCCUAGUAUAAGUAAUGCUUCAGAUUCAGUUACAGGUUCUCCAAAUCCUCUAUUAGGAUACUUCUGUCGAAUGUAUUCAUAUGUCUUAUACCUAGGAUCUUGUUUGGAUGUGGUUGGUGAAACAUUGGGUGUCACUAGGCGUAUGUUGUUUAGAGUGGCAAUCAUGAAUGGUGUGAGGUGCGAAUAAUGGGAAAAAGCAGUUAUUGUUGAUUUGGCAGUUAGGGCAAGCACGGUUGCUCCUAUACCUAGUACUAUUGGGAGCAUGUUAAUGUGCUGGGGGUUUGCUUAUUUAUGAUAAAAAUAUCAGUUUUUUUAUUUGUUCGCGGUUGUAGAUGUUGCUUAAGAAAAUGUUGUUAAUGAGGGAAUUUCUCGCGGUUGCAAAAAUAGCCACUGUGUUUGUCUUCCUUUUGGUUAAUCAUUAAGGACAAGCUAUGGUGGAGCUUUCAAAAUCAAGUUUGUCAAAGAGAUCAAUGUUAGUGACCAUCUGCCAAUUUUCUUUGGAUCCGAGAAAAGAGUAGGUAACAGUACCUGAUAGUCGAAUGCUUUGACUUCUGGGUUACAGCUUAUUCUUCAUGUUUCAUUGUAAAUUUAGCCGUAACUCUAAACCAGUCUCAGAACCAGUUGGCAGUAGAUGUUACAAAUCCAUUUCAAAUGCAAUAACCUGCUUCAAUCCUCGGGAAGGUGGAUAUUCCCAAACUAGAAAACGCGGCUCGAAUUUCGCUUCUUUGAUUUCACCAGAUAUUUACAAUUUCUUUUUGCAGUUGCAAAUAACCGCUCAUUUGUUUCUGUACACUUCUACUCGUUUUCCACACUAACCUUGCAGCAAUGUCAAGUUUGCAUUUCGCCAAGCAAGCAGAAAAGAAGAAGUUGUGGUUAACAAAAUUAGCUGAAUAUGCAGCAUUAACAAAUGAAAGUCCAGUUCCUGAUCAAGUUGUCGUUUUGAAGUUCAAAAAGAAGAUCCUUUCUAAAUACAAUCCACACAACAAUGAUAAAUGGCCCGAUGUUGAAUGUCACUUAAGGGAGAUCGCCAUUGAAUGUUUUGGAGAACAUGAUUUUCCUUUUGGUUAUUACUGGAGUUAUUUAUACUUUUCCGAAGUGAUUGAAGGACUUACUAAAGAAUUCAUUACUCAUAAUAUGUUUGAAGCGUUUAAAGUUAGAUACAAUCUGAUUGAAAAUGUCAAAAAUGACAAAGAACUUUGUUCAAAUUACGAUCGAGCUAAAGGACGUGGUUUGUCCUUACUCCGUUUCGUCCAUUUUAACAAGGAAAUUGCUUAUGAGAAUACAUUGGCAUUUACUAAAUUAGAAAUGAGGGCCAUCGAAAACGAUUACAACAGAAGAGUUGAGUUAUAUCACGAAAAUGAGCGUAAGAGAAGAGGAUGGGAUGUCGACUAUACUGCUAGUGGGGUUGUUGGAAUACUUUUGAUCGGGUGUUCAGUUUUUGGGUUAUAUCUUGUCCUAGCUUAGAUAAUCUUUGUUAGCUUUUAUAUUUUCGAAUUAAUAAAUAUAAUCUCUGUAGUGGUUGCAAAACGUGGUUUUCGAAAGUGGUUUGUUGUUUUUGAUAGAACUUCAUAUAAAAAAAAUAUCCCAACAAGGAAAACCAUUAAUUGUGAUUACGUGUAUCUUUGCCAGGAAUGUGAAUGUUUUGUUUAAACUUUUCAACCGUUAAUUUAUAUGUAACGUUUUCAACUAUAACAGCAUGUGUAAGGCGUAAAAAAAAACUAGACCGAAAUUAUAUCGCUUGUGUACAUUAUGAGGAACAGACAUGUGAUAGUCAGAACAUUGUGAAAGUAUCACUUGAAAUGGUGCUUGCUCAUCUAGUUAGUCCUAUCACAAUUGGUAUAUUCAUACUCUAUGCGAACCCCACCCGUGGAAUUGAUCUGGUAUGUAUCAAGUAUCAAUUUGUGUACUGAAAUCCACCCCUCUUUCGCGCAUAACAUGGAUUGACCUUACAAUAAUUUUUUUUUUAUUUUUGAGUAAUAUUCGGGAUGUUGGAAAUACUCCGUUAAAAAAUAUUUCCGAAAUUUACACCUCGGAGUUGGACAAUAAAGCUAAGAUAUAAGAUACGUCUCAAUGCCGACCGCAAUCACAGACGCGGUACGUGUAUGAACAUGUUUGGGUGUAGCAUUCUAUCAAUUGCGUUCCCAUAUAUCAAUUUGGCAAGAGAAAAAAAAAGCAAUUUUUUAAUUACAUAAAAUACGUCAUAGUAACAUAAGUCUACCAGUCAUCAUCACAACACAUCUAAUGCACAAAGUAUAACCUGAUGGAUCAGGUACAAGAAAACACAUGAAACAGUAACAACAAACUAUCACCGUUGGAUCCGACAUUUGUCACACACGCACACACACACACCACUACCACGGCCGAGAGCAAUAAAAAAUGUUACAUUUGCGAGCAUGUGGUGGUAUUUGGUAUUAAUCCGUUUUUACCGCGAAACUUGACACGCCCGCAGCAAUUUGCAGAUCCAUCGCAAGAACACCAAAAAAUGAUUCAAGGGAAUAGUACCAUCUGGUGAUAACAAAAAAAGACGAGUAGCUAGUAAAUCUGCUCAUUGUUUACUUUGAUGCUCGCUAUUGAUAGGCAGAAAUCACGUAAUAAAUUACCGAUUAGACAUUAAUACGCUUUUGUAACACCAAUCUGGAAACUCCGGCCGACUGUACACCGCCAGAAACUAGAGAAGAAUCGC